GAGGACGCGCUAUGGACAUGUCUUUAAGUUCAUAGUCAGGAUUGACCUGUCACUUACUCUAAUUCCACCCUAGUCAUGGAGGCUAUCCGAGGGCGUCCCUCUAGCGCGUCCCAUGAACAGCGUCAUUGAUCGCGGACCGACGCCGGCGGAAUAUCCUCACGAUUCCAUCAAGAUGCUAGUCACUUGUUCUCUGAAUAUAGUUUAUAGCAUCACUUCGCCCAUGAGCACGUGGUCCAGGAUUAGAUCAUCCGGAAUAUGACCUUAGUUCAACUUCAGUAUCUGACUUUCCGUUACCCUCUCGGGUGUCUCUAGAUAGUGGCUUCACGAUCACCUAGUUUGGGGGUUAUAGUCGACUUACUAUGCCAUCGGCCAAGGCUCAACCCACUCGACCAUCUUAAAUAUAAACGUCGACGGUUCUCUAAGUUGAUAGAGAUAUGAACCAAGCUACUCAGUCAACAGCAACUUUCCCAGACACUACACAGACCGAUUAAAUCUCUAAGGUGAUAUAUACUCUCAAAAUAAAGACGAAAAUCCAAAAGAUUGUGUUAAGACAUAUCCCGCCAUUUGAAAGAUUCCGAAGACACUAGAAAUCUCAAUCAAGAUAUCCACCAUGUCUUCAGCACGAUCUGCUCACAGAAGCUCCCGCAGCAGCAAGGGAAGACAAUCCUCAGUUGAGCAACUCAUUGAAUCGCUGCGCACUCAUCGAGUCAAUACGCUUACGGAAUUAUGCCGUAUUGAACGAGUUGCCGCUAGCUGUGAUAACGAGGAGGACGCCCAAGCGUUCCAAGCACCGAUGACUUCCGCUUGGGACUACUACGUCAACAGCAACCAGUUCUUAACGGAAUUGAGAGGUCUGACGCGGAAUUAUCCCAUCUCCGGAGAGCUUGUCGACCAAGCACACCAACUAGUUCGGAACGACCCGAACUCCAACCGGAGCUGGAACCUGGCCUGGUUAUGCCUGGUGAAGAUCCGCGAUGAAGGUUUGGUUCCUACAUAUGCGCAAGCAGACGCAUGGCGCAAGGAGAUGUGGGGUGGCCGCGAUCCCACUUCGGAAGAGGCAGACCAGCUCGCUCAGUGUUUCGAAUACGAAUGGACGCAAGCCGUCGAGAACAUGUUGCGACACUGGCCUGUAACACCGACGUGGUACUAAGUCCGAUGGCAUUUCGUCCGAUGGCAUUUCGUCCGAAGCAUCUCGUCCAUUCGAGUUACUUGACUACACCAUCAUGCAGACUCCUACUUAACAAGGGGCUGGAUGCAUCUCCCUAAGAUUCUCUCCGGUA